AUGUCUCGACAAGAAGACGACCUGGCCUAUGGCCGUUAUUAUGAGCCUGAACGUGGCUCUGGUGACGGAAGCAGAGGAUUCGGCGAUACAUUCAACAAGCUUCGCGACACCUACAAGACUCAUGGCUCCUCGCGGCCCUCCGACCAAGCUCCGACCCAGCCCGGCUAUCAGGGACAAGGGAACCAGAACCCUUAUGGAUACAGUAGCCAAAACCCCGGUGCGACCACGCAACAGCACCAGCCUUAUCAACAACAACCUCAGUACCAAGAACAUCCACCGAAGAAGGAUAAGCUAGGCGGUUUGCUCGAUAAGAUCCAAGGUACUGUUGCCGAAUUCGGUAACGAGUUCGCUCAGAAGGUUGGUACCGCCAUUGACCCGCAGGCUUACGCCCAGUAUGGUGCCACCAAGCCCACCACCGAGCACCGCUUCGGUAGCUUUGCUCCUUCCCGUGAACACAAUGAUGUAAAGUGGUACGUGGAUGGCUGCAGCUAUUUCUGGGCCGUCUCCAGAGCUCUGGAGAAUGCGCGCGAAUCUAUCUGGAUUCUGGACUGUAAGUUUGUACUCCUUCGUACCGAACCGCAAAAUGUUUAUCUGAUCCUUACUUUCCGCAGGGUGGCUCUCACCGGAGCUCUAUCUAAGAAGACCCCCAACCAAGAACGAGCAGUACCGACUCGAUCGAAUGCUGCAGGCGGCAGCCCAGCGUGGCGUGCGUGUCAAUAUCAUCGUCUACAAGGAAGUUACGCAAGCCUUGACUCUCUCUUCCCCCAUACCAAACAUGCACUUGAGAAUCUCCACCCCAAUAUUGCGGUCUUCCGCCACCCCGACCACUUGCCUGAUCGCCAAGAGCUGGCUUCGGAUAUCACCACAUCUCUUCAGCACAUGUCACUCGACUCCGCUAGCCUUACCAAGAUGUCCAAAGAUGCCUUGAAAGGGCUCUAUGGAAUGAACGAGGAUGUGAUCUUGUACUGGGCCCAUCACGAAAAAUUGUGCCUCAUUGAUGGUCAAAUUGCUUUCAUGGGUGGUUUGGAUCUUUGCUUUGGUCGCUGGGACACCCACCAGCACUCCAUUGCUGAUGCCCACCCCGAGGAUAUCAAUGAAACUGUCUUCCCCGGUCAGGACUAUAACAACUCGCGGGUCCUCGAUUUCCAUGACGUUUCCCACUGGGAACAGAACCAGCUGGACAGGAAGACUAGUUCCAGAAUGGGUUGGUCUGAUAUCUCAGUCAGUCUGCACGGGGCUGUAGUAGAGGAUCUGCGGCGACACUUUGUUGAGCGAUGGAACUUCAUCUACGAUUCUAAGUACAAGGUCCGCAAUGAGUCGAGGUACGCCAGGCUCGCACUCUACGGAAGACCGAAUUCGUUUGGCAGCCAGCAGCAGGGUAAUCAGCAGGGAAACCAACAGCAGCAGCAGCAGCAGCAGCCUAGCCCAUAUCCCUCUGGAACUGCAAGCCCCCAGCAACAGCAGACUCCUGCCUGGCAAAAACCGCAGCAGCAAGGCAAUACUUCCACAUAUCCACCACCUCCAAGUCACGGCUCUGCGACCUCACAACAGCAGACACCGACCUCGCAAUAUCACCCGGAGCCGCUUGGUAGCGCCUCCGCCCACACACUGACUCCAAGCCAAACAUCUGUGAGCCCGCAACCCCAGUCGCAAACUUAUCAUCACGGAGGCGUUUCACAAUAUCCUCCUCCUCCUCCGGCGCAGGGCUCUGCCAGCCCACAGCAACAGCAAACACAAUCCAAUCUAUCUUAUCAAGCCUAUCCAUCAGAGGGUACGCAAAGCUACGCACCGCCUCCUAGCCAGGCCUCUACUAGUCCGCACCCGCAGCAGUACCAGCAGCAGCAGCAGCCUGCUGCGUCAUACCAGCCCUACCAAGCAGGCAGUAGUCAGACCUACACGCCGCCUGUCAGUCAAUCAUCGGCAGACCAAAGCUCGCAGCACCAGCAGUAUACUUACACCGGCAACUCUUUCCCGCCGCCUCCAUCUGGACCUCCCUCGAGCCAGUCGCCUGCAAGUACUUACCAAUCGCAGACACAGGGCCAGACGCCUUAUUAUGCGCCACCACCAACCCAUUCGACCGACUCUGCGCAUCAGGGCCAGUCUCAAGGUCAAGCGCCUUAUUACCCACCUCCGCCAGGCCAGGAAACGUCUCACUCCAGCACUCGCGGAAUGGACGAUCAUCAGUAUGAAGGCGAGCGUGGAUUUGCUCCUCGCCGAUUCCGUGAGGAGUUCUCGCAGUACGGAAAUCAAAUCCGCGGUCAGUUGGCCGGUCAAAUACAUCAAUAUCAGGAUAAAUUGACAGCAUACGGACGCCCCACAUCCCAGAGCCGCGGCAAUAUGUCAUGCCAGAUCGUGCGCAGCUGUGCCAAAUGGAGCAACGGAAGCCCUCUGGAGCACUCUAUUGCUGAUGCAUACUGUGCUGUGAUUAAGAACAGCCAGCACUUUGUGUACAUUGAGAACCAGUUCUUCAUCACUUCCACCGGUGAAUCCCAGCACCCUGUGAAGAACAAGAUCGGUGCCGCUAUUGUGGAGCGCAUUUUGCGGGCCGCCCGUGCAGGUCAAAAGUACAAGAUCAUUGUGGUCAUUCCCUCUGUUCCUUGCUUCGCUGGAGAUUUGAGGGAUGACGAGAUGCUGGGCACUCGUGCGAUCAUGGAGUUCCAAUACAACUCGAUCAACCGUGGCGGAAACAGUAUUAUGGAGCUGAUUGCCAAGGAGGGCUUCAAUCCGAUGGACUAUAUUCGUUUCUACAACCUCCGCAACUAUGAUCGGAUCAACAACGCCGGCCUCAUGGCUGCAAUUGAGCAACAGAGCGGAGUCAACUAUGAGGAUGCUCGCAAGCAGUAUGACUAUAACACAGUUGGCGCCGGUGGCUAUCCUCAAAGCACUUCUCGCAGCGCUUUUGAUACAUCUGCUCCAUUCCAGCAAUAUCAGCAGGCUGCCCACAAUGUCCAAGGCGCCCAAGGUGGUAAGUCCGCGGGCCGUUGGGACACUGUCAGCUCAUGUUACAUGUUGGGUGGGGAAGAUAUUCGCACUGUGCCGUGGGAUGGGCACCCUGAUGCUGAGAUUGACGCUUUCGUGAGCGAAGAACUCUAUGUACACUCGAAGGUUAUGAUCGCCGACGACCGCAUUGUCAUUUGCGGUUCUGCAAACUUGAACGACCGCUCACAACUCGGCGACCACGACUCCGAGAUUGCAGUCGUUAUCGAAGACUUCACGCCAGUGCAAUCAACCAUGAACGGUCAGCCGUGGACCGCCAGUCGCUUCGCCAGCUCCCUCCGUCGCGAGUUGUUCCGAAAGCACUUGGGCCUUCUGCCCCCACAGGACUACCAGCAUCCCAACGCGAACUCUGAGCCUGUCGGAGUCCCCAACCAGUUUGACUUCGACUGCCCUGAGAGCAAGAUUGUCUCCGACCCUCUCUCAGACACCAUGCAGAGCCUGUGGAACUCGCGCGCACACACCAACACCGAGGUCUUCCGCAAGGUGUUCCAUGCCGUCCCUGACGACUGUGUGCGUAAUUGGGCCACUUACAAGGAGUUUUUCGAGUAUUACUUCCACGGGGCAGAUAAGGAGGCUGAAGGCAAGGAUGGGCUGCGUCGACCUGCUCGCUUCCAGUGGGGCCAUGUGGUCCGCGAUGAUUUCGCUCCUGGUGCCGAAGGCGCGAAGCAAGUCAAGGAACUGCUGAGCCAGAUUAAGGGUACACUGGUCGAGAUGCCGCUGAUGUUCUUGAUUGAGGAGGAUAUUGCUAAGGAGGGGUUGACACUGAAUGACCUGACUGAGCCUAUCUACACCUAA